AUGAGAAACUUUCAACUAACAUCUUUCUUGUUCUUCUUGGUUUUUCUAACACUUUCAUUUUCUGUUUCAUGGGGAGCAUUAUCUUCGAUUCUUAAUGUCACACCUGACGGUGGAGAUUUCAUAAGUUGUGUUGAAUCAACCUCCGAUAAUUUUACUGCCAUGUCUCGACUCAUUUAUACCCCGGUCAACUCUUCUUUCUUGCCACUUUGGGAAGCUAGAGUCAUGAUCCUUAGAUUCAAUAAAUCUUCCACUCCUAAACCAUCAAUUAUUGUGACCCCGGAAGACGAAACCCAGGUCCGUACGAUUCUCUUAUGUAGCAAGAGAUACGGAUACGAGUUGAGAGUUAGAUGCGGUGGCCAUGACUUUGAGGGCCUUUCGUACACCGCUGAUGUUCCAUUUGUCAUGCUUGAUCUCAACAGAAUGAGAUCCGUAGACGUUGAUGUUGGAAACAGAACCGCAUGGGUCCAAGGAGGCGCAGUGCUUGGUGAACUCUACUACGCUAUUAGUAACAAGACGAAUAGUUUGUAUUUUCCUGCUGGUCUUUGCUCUACAGUGGGUGUUGGAGGGUUCUUAGGUGGAGGUGGUUAUGGAAACCUUAUUAGAAAAUAUGGUACGGGUGCUGAUAAUGUUAUUGAUGUUCGGUUUAUGAACGUCAACGGUGUUAUUCUAAAUAGGAAGUCGAUGGGGGAAGAUUUGUUUUGGGCGAUUCGUGGGGGUGGUGCUUCCAGUUUUGGAAUCGUUCUGGCAUGGAAACUAAGUUUGGUUUCCGUGCCAGAAUUAGUAACUGUUUUCUUCGUGACUAAAACUAUAGAAGAAGGUGCAACAGAAAUUUUACAUAAAUAUCAAUAUGUUGUUCCAAGUGGUGAUAGGGAUUUAAGCAUGAGAGUUACGAUAAAUAGUGCCUUUAUUGGCAAUUCAACUUCGCAAACCAUAAAAUUUAUGUUUCAAGGGCUUUAUUUGGGAAAAAUUGACAAGUUGCUUUCGUUGAUGAACAAAACGCUCCCGGAACUUAACCUCACACGAGAGGAUUGUGAAGAAGUGACAAUGGCCCAAUCAUCAAUUGUAUUUAAUGGCGUACCGAGUGACACCCCACUUGAGUUUCUUAAAUCCCGAGUUACUAGCGUUCCAUUGAACACCAAAAGCAAGCUAGACUAUGUACGAACAGCGAUUCCCAAACACGGGCUCAGAAAGAUCUGGACAAAGAUGUUUGAAACUGACGUUGGAGCAGCAACUCUAAUCCUUCACACUUUUGGUGGAAGGAAUGAUGAGAUUUCAGAGACAGCAAUUCCAUAUCCUCAUAGAGCUGGGGUGUUAUACCAGUUCCACCAAUUUGUCAAUUUUUCUGACCAAGCAUCGGACACGACACCAGCAUCACUCCGACGUAUAAACUGGUUAAGAUCCUUCAACGAUUUGAUAGCGCCUUAUGUGUCAAGGAACCCAAGGGAGGCGUAUUCCAACUACAAUGAUCUUGAUUUGGGUUUUGAAGCCGGUUCUUAUGAACAAGCAAGUGUAUGGGGAGAGAGAUAUUGGAAGAGACACAACUUUAAGAAGUUGAUUAGCAUUAAAGCAAUAACUGAUCCAGAAAAUUUCUUUAGACACCCACAAAGCAUACCGGUUUUCCCAACAUAUCUAUUGGAGAAGCGACAAUGGUCUUCUGUAAAGGAACCUUAUUCAAGUCUUUGAUAAGAUAUACAUAUAUACAUGCUCAUAGAACAACCUACCAUUUCUAAAUAGUUUUUGGUAACAAAUUUAUGACGAAACCUACAUCACUUUUUAAUUAAUAAACUUCG